AUGGCACGGGUGCUGAUCGUGGGCGCCGGGUUGACAGGAAGCUUGUGCGCGGCGCUCCUGAAGAGGCAGGCGUCAGGUCCUCUGCAACUCUCUGUGUGGGACAAAGCAGAGGACGCAGGGGGAAGAAUGACUACAGCCAACAGUCCUCAUCAUCUACAGUGCACAGCAGAUCUAGGUGCUCAGUACAUCACCUGCACUCCUUAUUAUGCCAAAAUACACCAAAGUUUUUAUGAUGAACUAUUAGCUCAAGGUAUUCUGAAGCCUCUUACUUCUCCUAUCAAGGGAAUGGUGAUGAAAGAUGGAGACUCAAACUUUGUGGCACCUCAAGGAGUUUCUUCAAUUAUUAAGCAUUACCUAAAAGAAUCAGGUGCAGAAGUCUACUUCAGACACCGUGUGACCCAGAUCAACCUGAGCAACGAGAAGUGGGAAGUAUCCAGGGAAAAAGGCUCCUCUGAGCAGUUUGAUCUUCUUGUCCUCACUAUGCCAGUUCCUCAGAUUCUACAGCUUCAAGGUGACAUCCAGAAUUUAAUUAGUGAAGGCCAAAGGCAGCAACUGGAAUCUGUGAGCUACUCCUCUCGCUAUGCUCUGGGCCUGUUUUAUGAAGCCGGCUUGAAGAUUGAUGUCCCUUGGGCUGGGCAGUACAUCACCAGUAAUCCCUGCAUACGCUUCAUCUCCAUUGAUAAUAAGAAGCGCAAUAUAGAGUCACCAGACAUUGGGCCUUCGCUCGUGAUUCACACCACUGUGCCAUUCGGAGUUACCUACUUGGAACACAACACUGAGGAUGUGCAGGAGUUAAUCCUCAGGCAACUGGAAAACAUUUUGCCGGGUUUGCCGCAGCCAGUUGGUACAAAAUGCCAGAAAUGGAGAUAUUCACAGGUUACAAAUGCUGCUACCAACUGUCCUGGACAAAUGACUCUUCAUCUCAAACCUUUCCUUGUAUGUGGAGGAGAUGGGUUUACUCAGUCCAACUUUGAUGGCUGCAUAACUUCUGCUAUAUGUGUUUUAGAAACUUUAAAGCAUCAUAUUUAG